AUGUCUCCCAUCGACCACAGCCGGCUGCACCCUUCUUACGACCCAAAAUAUGCCCACUUUGCGUCAAGGCGGUCGACCGUCUUCUCCGCAAAGGGAGCGGUUGUGACCUCACAACCUCUUGGCAAGUCGUGCAAUGCAGGGAUAGAGAUUCUCAACAAGGGAGGGAAUGCUGCCGACGCCGCUAUCGCUGUUGCGGCAGCUAUGAACGUGACUGAGCCGGUCAUGACUGGACUUGGAGGCGACAUCUUCUGCUUGUUCUGGGAUGCCAAGGCAAAGAAGGUCCGUGGGAUCAACGGGUCCGGACGCGCCCCCAAAGCCUUGAACCUGGAGCUCCUCCGCUCGCAAGGCGUGCAGGGCGAUGAGAUCCCCUUGAACAACCUCAACUCAGUAACGGUGCCUUGCGCGGCGGCAGGCUGGAUCAAGACGGUCGAGGAGUUCGGGUCUGGCAAGUUGACCAUGGCCGAGAUCCUCGAGCCGGCUAUCCGGAUGGCGAGGGAGGGCGUGCCUGUGCAUGAGAUCACUAGUGAUGCUUGGCAGGGCGCCGAGGCAUUGCUGAAGCGAGCUUCGCCCAACUCCGCCGAGAUGCUGAUGCCGAAUGGAAAAGCACCGCUGCCCUCGCACAUCAUGACCCACCCAGAACUAGCCGAUUCGCUCGAAGCGAUCGCUAAGGACGGUCACAAGGGGUACUACACUGGCCGUAUCGCUCAAGCUAUUGUCGACCUGGUCAAAUCUGGUGGAGGGGUUAUGACUAUGGAGGAUGUCGCAGAGUGUGAUGCGGAAGUGAUCCAGCCUAUCAAAUACGACUUCAAGGUCGGCGAGGGCGGAGAUAAGGGUGUUUCGCUGUGGGAGUGCCCCCCGAAUGGACAGGGUCUGACUGCGCUGGUCGCGCUGGGUAUCGUCGAAGCCGUAGAGACGCAACACGGCGUCGACGUGCUUGACCUGGAGCACAACUCGGCGACGUAUCUUCACAUCCUGAUCGAGGCUAUGCGUCUAGCAUUUGCUGACACUCGAUACUAUGUUGCUGAUCCCAAAUCCGGCAAUGUCCCCGUCGAUGAGCUACUCAGCAAGUCCUACCUCGCCUCCCGCGCCGCCCUCAUCAACCUCAAAAAGGCCACUCCGGUCCAGCGGGGUCAGCCCGUCAAGUCAAGCGACACCAUCUAUCUGGCGACAUCCGAUAAGGACGGGAACUCUUGCUCGUUCAUUGCGUCCAACUAUGCGGGCUUCGGAACUGGCGCCAUCCCGAAAGGUUGCGGCUUCACCCUUCAAAACCGUGGGACCGGCUUCACCCUAGCAGAGGGCCACCCCAAUUGCGUCCAAGGCGGCAAGAGGCCAUAUCACACCAUCAUCCCCGCCAUGGCUACGAUUGGAGACGAGCUCCUGAUGAGCUUCGGAGUGAUGGGCGGGUUCAUGCAGCCCCAGGGACACGUCCAAGUCCUACUCAAUAAGCUCCGAGGCUUCUCAGCUCAGGCAUGCCUUGACGCACCUCGAUUCUGUAUCUCCGCUGGUCUGCCAGAAACAGGUGCCGCACCCAGUACGGCCGGGAAUAUGGACUCGGAAAUCUGGUUCGAGGAGGGUAUCCCUACAGAGGUCAUCGAGGAACUGCGAGGAAUGGGACACAACUGCGAGGUGGCCACCGGCUUCAAGCGCGGAACGCUCGGCAAGGGGCAGAUCAUGCAGCAGAUCAACGACCCGUCUGGUCGGCGCGUCUGGGCGUGUGGAUCCGACUUGCGUGGAGAUGGAGCGGCGAUGGGUCAGAUCUGA